AGAGAUAUAACACAUGUAAUUGGCCGAGUUGUUGAAAAAUCUUUGACGCUCAUCAUAACUGUUAGCAUGUGUCGUACUCAUAGGUAGGCUUUUUUGAUAUCAACAUGAUUGGUUCGUCAUUUCUCAAGUGGCGUUUUAAUUUGAUUUUCAUUUCCGCGAUCCCUUUAAUAAUCAGUUGGGACAAGGAUUUCAACGAUGGCUGUUAUUGGAACGAAUUACAAAAUGUCACCGAUAUCACCACUAUAGAUAAAUUCGAUGCCCUACAAAAAAUGCUGCGACAUUUAAAACCCGAAAUCAACUUGGAUAUGGUUAUCCGUUACAUGACCAAGUACAUGCCUUACACGGAGAAUGGCACCAUAUUUUUAGAACUGCUAUCGGGCGACGGCGAAUUCAUCUUCAGUUUGGCGAAAAAUCUAUCUGAAACUGGCAUAUUAUUUCAACCUUCGGAGACGAACGCGUCAUUGAUGGAAACCAUUUCGAACAAAAGGAAAGAAUACGGAUCGCCGAAUGUUUUGGAGCCGAUUUACUUGGAUCCGUGUUCGGAUCCGAGUGACUGGUUCGCCUCGGCCAAAGAAAAAGUUGCGAAUUUUUCAUUGGCUUAUAUAUUCAAUGCUAAUUCCAUUAAUUUAAUGCAUUGGAAUUGCACUAAACAAAUAUUCCGAGCCACGCAACAAUAUUUGAGACAAAAUGGAUCAGUAUUUUUCUACGGUACUUUUUCGUACGGCACGGUGCGUUCUCCUAAAGCCAAUAAAGAUCUGCAUAAUUUAAUGAAGAUGUGCAAUCCGGACUGGGGUCUACGAGACGCUUACCGAGAAAUGACCAAAUUUGGCGCCAUGCUCGAACUUUACCUCGAUCGCACCAUUUUUUAUCCUACGCCACUCUAUUGCGAAAUGCUCGUAUGGAAAAGAAUGCACGAUGAUUUGAGUCGAAAAGCUGAAAAAGUAUAUCAGAAAAAUAUCAGAGAGUAUUAAGGCACUCGCGGACAUCACCAUCAGCCUCCAAUAUGACGGUUUUUUUUAAACAGUUCACAACGUUAAUACAAAUUUAUUCGAAUCAA